GUUAUAUAACUAACACUUUCUUCACAUUUAUUAUACAUUUCCUAUCAUUUGAUUCAUUAAUAAUAUAAUUAUAGUUAUAUUUGGAUAGCAUUUGAUUCAAUCACUUCUCAAUGCAAUUCAUGUCUAAUAAUAAUCACUAUUUAUCAGUCGAUUUGUUUAAUCUGAUAAUCGCUUAAUAUUUUGAUCACACAAUCAAUCGCUUAAUAAUAAUAAUAAUAGUUUUGAAGCAUUUAUUAGUGAACUAAUGACCGACACUAACAACGAUAUGUCCAACUCUUCGUCGCCGCCGACCACCACAUCCUCGUCGCCGAUGAAUGACUCGACGCAUACAUCCAAUGAUACCUCAAACAAGACAAUGGAUGGCAACCGCAACUCAUUGAAUGCACCCAAAUAUGGCACUCCAGUGCCAAACCGUGUGUUUGUCGGCGGAAUCCCUACCGAUGCAAAGGAGUUUGAAGUGAAGAAUCUGUUCUCACAGUUUGGUAACGUAGUGUCCGUGAAGAUCAUCACCGAUAGGGCCGGAAUUCCUCGCGGCUAUGGAUUCGUCACUUACGAGACCGAAGACGACGCCAAACGUGUGCUGAAAGAGAGCGACAAUCUGUUGAUUAAGAACCGAAAGCUCAAUAUCUCUGUUGCCAUCAAAAAGCAGCAACACUUCAAUGACUACCGAAGCGCUCACAACACUGUUAUUUAUAACCCAAUUAUGAACACCACAUCCAAUACAGUGUAUCCCGAUUUUGGUAUCUAUUCAUCGGAAGGAAUUCCGUUAUACAAUCUGGGAGUCAGUCCUCAUUUGAUAGCCAACGGUGCCGUCACUUCAGCGCAGAAU